GUGUUCAACUUCAACGGCACGCCGCGUGAAGUUAAUAGGAGGAACUCAGUCCACAUCUUCGCUUCGUUAAAAGCGUUUCACGAGGAGCAUUGAUUUCUUCUUCUUUAAUUCCCGCACCGUGGGAUCUGCCCCGGCGGACGUCGAGGACAUUUCUUCUUCUUCUCUCCCGUCCGCGCAGACAGCAACAAGUCGAACGCAGUUUCGCGCUGACUCCGGACGCGGAGCUGGACCUCGGCGGCGGUUCGGCUUCGACCUGCCGAGGAGGCUCGUGAGCAGAAAGUGACAAUGCCUUAGAGAGGACGGCGCGUACACACCGGACCUGCGAGCUGUUGUUGCCUGCAGGAGCAGGAGCAGGAGCAGGGGGGGGGGUGGAUUUUUUUCUCUCUUUUUUUUGUUUCUUUUCAAGGACUCCGUGCGUGUAGAUGGUGCCAAACAAGUGGACCAUGAAUUCAGUUCUGCACAAAUCUCCGCCGAGGAGCUGGCUUGGUCUCAGACUGCGACUCAAUGACAAGCCAGUCCAGGAGGAAGACUGCGCCGUGUGCCAGCACCCGGAGUGUCCGGAGCGCCGGAGGGCCUCUAAGGUUUGCCACCACCCAGACUGCCAAGACCUGAAUAACAAAAGCCCCCUUCACCUGUGUGAGUCAUGUGACUCGCGCAGCCAUUCAGAGAACACUGACAACAUGCACUUUGACCGGCACCCCCGAUUUGACCUGCAACCUCAAGCCUCCAUCCUGGCUCGAAACGUGUCCACGCGCUCCUGUCCCCCGCGGACCAGCCCCCCCUCCGACCUGGAGGAAGAGGAUGAAGCGAGCAGUGACCGCGGGGAGCGCAAAGCGGGGGGGAUGAAGGCGGUGAAAAAGAAGACGCGGAGACGACACACUGACGACCCCAGCAAGGAGUGCUUCAGCCUCAAGUUCGAUCUCAACGUGGACAUAAACACAGAAAUCGUACCUGCAGUGAAGAAGAAGACUCUGAAAGAGGUUCUAGGGCCGGUGUUUGAGAGGAACGGCAUCGAGCUGUCCCGCGUCGACUUGUUCCUGGAUCAGUCCAACACGCCGCUGUCACUCAACUUUGAGGCCUACCGUUUUGGAGGACACUACCUCAAAGUCAAAGCGCGGCUCGGCGAUGAGCUGAAGGUGGAGCAGGGUGUGAAGGACUUGCGGUCGCUUAGUCUGCCCAACAUGAAGCCGUCCGGAGGUCAGAGCCCCUACAUCCUCACGCCGGACGGCGAGAGGACGGAGCAUGGAUCUCUGGGACGCCGGGAGGCCGUGGAUCUGUUGGGUCAGGCUCGACGGAGGAAAAACAUGACCGAGUUCCUGGGAGAGACAAACAUCCCCACCCCGGACACCCUGGGGCAGCUCGGCGGUUCUCUGCCCGGCACCGGGCCCGACAGCUGGAAGAACCGCGCCGCCAGCCGCUUCAGCGGCUUCUUCAGCUCCAGCGCCGGAGUGGGGCCCUUCGGCAAGGAGGCGGACCGGCUGGAGCAGCUCCAGAGCAAGCUGCACUCCUACACGGCGUUCGGGUUUACCACGGUGCCGAAGCAGCUCUCCUUCCACCAGGACUCCUGGGAGGACGGGGAGGAGACCAACCUGGACCUGGAGGACAGUUGGAAGACGUUACUGGACGACUCCGAGUCACUGACGAGGCGACAGUUCCAACAGCAGGAGGCGAUAUGGGAGCUGCUUCAAACCGAGGCCACCUACAUAAAGAAACUCCGAGUCAUCACCGACCUGUUCCUGUGCGGGCUGCUGAACCUGCAGGAGAGCGGCCUGCUGACGGAGGUGGAGCCCGCCAAGGUGUUCAGCAACAUCCACGAGAUCAUCCGCCUGCACACGCUGCUGUGGAACCAGGUCAUGCUGCCGGUCCUGGAGAAGGCCAGGGAGGCGCGCGCUCUGCUGGACCCCACCGACCUCCACCACGGCUUCAAGACGUUUGGCUCCAGGUUCCAGCCCUACAUCCGUUACUGCAUGGAGGAGGAGAGCUGCAUGGAGAACAUUCGAACACUCCACAGGGACAACGAGCUCUUCAGGACCUACGUCACGUGGGCGGAGACCAAUAAGCAGUGUAACCGCCUGAAGCUGGCCGACAUGUUGGCGAAGCCUCACCAGAGACUGACCAAAUACCCCCUCCUCCUGAAGAGCGUGGUGAAGAAGACGGACGAGCCGUCGGCCCGCGACAUCGUCAACAGCAUGGUGGCCGCUGUGGAGGAUUUCAUCAACAGCGUGGAGUCCCGGAUGCGACAGAGUCAGGAGAAGCAGAAGCUGGCCACCAUUUCUGCCCGGGUAGACUCCUACGAGGCUGUAGAGGGCAGCAGCGAGGAAGUGGAGAAGAUCCUUAAGGAGUAUAGCCGCUUCGACCUCAUGGCUCCCAUGAGAGGGAUUUCCCCAGAGGAGACUCGACAGUUGCAUCUGGAAGGCGCUCUGAGGAUGAAGGAGGGCAAAGACAGCAGGAUGGAAGUCUAUUGUGUCCUGUUCACCGACCAGCUGCUAAUUACCAAGCCAGUGAAAAGAGUGGAGAAAGUCAAGAUCAUCCGCCAGCCUCUCCUCAUUCACAAUGUCGUCUGCAAGGAGCUCAAAGACCCCGGCUCAUUCGUCCUCAUCUACCUCAACGAGUUCAAGAAUGCCGUGGGAGCCUACACCUUCCAAGCCAACAGCGCCACCCAGGGGCGAAGCUGGAUCGAUGCAAUCUGCAAUGUCCAGAACCAGCUGCAGAGGCUUCGCACCGAGGAGGUCCUCCGGCAGCAGAACACUAGGAGGAGAUGUAAAGAGGGUGAGGACCAAGACGAGGAGGAAGACGAGAGCAGCAACUCUACCACAAGUUCCCCUUGCCUCAGGCACACAGUCCAGCAGAACUCAAGUCAAUCCGAUGGUUCCACGGAAACCCUGUCAGUGAUGGACGUCGACGAGCCGGGCGAACCCCAAGAGCCUCCGUUCCCAGGCGUCGACCCCCAGGACACCAGGGAAGAAGACUCCCGAGUGGCCCUGCUGUCUGAGGUCCACGCCAGAGUUCACCCGGAGCGCGGCGAGGAGACGGGGCCCGGCGGCGAGGGGCCCAACACCCAGUGCCGCUCGCUCUCCAUAGACAGCGCCUACGGCACCCUCUCCCCCGAAUCCCUCCUCAGAUCACUCCGGCCUCUGCCCGGCCCGAGGGAAGAGGACGGGGAGGUGGAGCAGGAAGAGACACUAUUCAAGGAGCCAGAAGAGGAGGAGGAGGAGGAAGAGGAGGAGGACGAGGAUACAGCCUCACUGGGGUCCCAGCUGUCGGUAGUCCAGUCCUCUAAACCUCGCCGGCGGCCUCAUGUUCAGUCCCGAGUCCACUGCCUCCAGAGGCUUUCGGGUCUGGCCCUGUCCCGCUCCGAGGACAAUCUGCUGCAGCGCCUCUACGGCAGAAGCCCCGCGUCCCGCGCGCACUCGCACAGCUCCAAGGCGGCGGACCCGCCGCCUCGCGGGGACGCCAACACGAACACGUCGGCGCUGGCGCACAGCAAGAGCCUCACCGAGUUGGGCCGAACCUGCUUGGAGCUGUUUGCCAGUGACCCGGACCAGUGUGAAGACUGCCUGAGCAUUCCCUCGGACAAACUGUGCGCCACCCUGAGGAGGGCGGAGGCCAAGCGGCGGCAAAAGGCGCCCGCGGGACAACGCGAGGGCGACGAGUCCCAAAGUAACAGCUCGGACGGGGACGCGGCGCCGUACCCCUGCGGGGGGGAGAGGAGGAGGAGGAGGAGGAGGAGGAGCGAGCCGAAGGCCACCGGCGACCCGGCGGCCGAGGUGUCGCUCAAGAAGAAGCCCCCGGCGCAGCAGCACAAGAAGCUGACGCUGGCUCAGCUGUAUCGGAUACGCACCACCCUCGUCCUCAACUCCACGCUCACUGCAUCGGAGGUGUAACCACUUUUCCACACAGCUGACCUUGUGGCGGGGGGGGGGGGGGCACAAUAAGGAACGACACUUAUUCUGCUUCGGGUGGACUGACUUUCUCGCGACACAAAUGCACUCUCUCUUAAUGCUCUCUCCCUUCUGGUGGCUUUUUGGACGCUGACAGUUCCAUUUCUCCCACGAGAACAUUCAUUUCUUUGCUGUCGCAUUGGUUUUUCCUGAAUUUCAUGAGUGGAAGCGAGAGGCGGAGAGACAUUGACUGCUUGCACUUUGCAACGGAAGUAGCAUUACAGGCGUUGGGGGCGAUAAGGUGGACUCUGGGGGUGUGCACCACAGUAGAGGUGGAGCUGAAUCCUGCAUCUUCAUCGAGAGAAACACUGGGUCCAGAAAAAAAGCUCUCUAAAAAAAACAAAUAGCACCUAGGAUGUCCUCCUAACAUUUAUGCUACUCCUGGUUUGCUUUAACAAAAGAAGAAAAAAAAAAAGUGAAAAUUGCACAGUUAUAUAUGUUAAGUAGAAUAAUCACUAAAGAGUGAAUUUUCCAAUUACAGUCACACAGUGAAUUAGCAUUUCUUGUUUGCUGUCCGCGCCGUGCUCGUGUACAGAUGUGUGUGCACGUGAGCGAUUGUGCGAAUGAUAACUCGGUCCUUGGUUCCUGACUGGACCACAACUCAUUCCCAUCUCCUUGUGAAUAUGCUUACACACCCAAAGAUGGACGAAGCCAGAAAGGUUCCCAACAAACCAAAAAAUACAGCCAACCCCGUUUCAACAGACUUCUCAGAUGAACUUUUGUUUUUUUGUUUUACUGUUAAUCUAUGUUCAAUUUAGUAUUUUGAGAACUGAUGAGAUAAACACAUUGACUGAAUAAGCACAAGCGAGAAUGCGGUUGCUGUAGAGGAAGAUGUGGCCACUUGAGUAAUGGCUCGGCACACAGAUGAGAAAAAAAAAGCUUUGGGUUGGAUGUUCUAAACAAAUGUCGUCCCAGGAGGUUUCCUCUUCGUAACAACUAUGAACAACUUUUCAGAUCAGUGAUUUAGAACCUUCUUCCAAACAUCGCCCCAUUUCCAAAUAGGUUAACUCUGUUUACUUUUUUUGUGUUGUUGUUGUUGUUAAUGUUGUAAUAUUUAUUUUGCUUGCUAUGUUUUAUAUAUAAAAUAUUGUUUAUAUUAUUUACUUCAAUGAUUUGUACAUUUGUUUUGUUGAUGUAGUCUUAAUAUUUUUUUUUUUUUUUGUCAGACAUGAUUGUGCUAUGAACCAAAAUUAUGUGUUUUCCUCUUUCAGGAAUAAUGUGUCUCACAGAACAAAAAAUGCUAAAAUACUUUAUCCCUCUUUUAAUGGUUUAAUCCAUUGUAAUGGAGUGCUUUAAGCAGAAAGGCUGAAUCUGAAUGGCAUUAAGCAUUAAAACUACAUGAACUGAU